UAACGCUGACAACAAUUAUGGCAUAGUAGUGUGUUACUGGGCUGUAGUGCCUCAGUAACUGCUGGAGAUCAGUUCUACACUAUAACAAGAAUGGUCCUCAGCUCAUCAGACUAUACCGUAGGCAGGCUAACAACCCCCUCACUCUAACCGGGUCCUACUGUUGUACUGUACCAACUACUGGAGGAGAUAUGACCCUCUGUGCUAACCUGGUGGUGUGUAUGUCCCUUCCUCCCACCACCAAUGGAGGGGUCUCCUACUCUGACCCAACACUGGGUCUAAACACUGUGGCCACCUAUACCUGUAACAAUGGCUAUGCUCUCACUGGAGGGUGCACCACCGGGACUUGUGGGAGUGAUGAAGUGUGGAGUGGGUCAGCUCCAACUUGUCAAGCUAACUGCCCUGACUUACCCUCACUGAUCAAUGGGAUGAUUAUGUACAGUGCUGGAUCCAUUGACAACAGAGUUGAUAUCGACUCUGUUUGCUCAGGCCAAUGUACGCAUGACUGUGGUAGGUCAUAACCAUGGCAACGAUUGGUGCUGUCCCGUCCCAGGCUCUGAUCGCAUGAUCUGCUACGCCAGACAUACUGGCUAUGGGGGCUAUGGAACUUGGAUGAGGGGAUCACGUGUGUUGGUACUCAAGGAGCAGGGACAGUACAGCACUUACGUCAGAAUGGAAGACGGCAGGGUCAUCUGAUUCAUAAUUAUGGACUAAUAGUUAAAUACAUGACUGUUAGCAUUUAUAGCUACACUGAUCAAUUUUCUGGAUGAAAUACAUAAUCUGCAAAUGAUAUUUCAUAGAUUUACAUUC